AUGUCUUCUUUCAAGAUCGGGUCUGUGAAGACAGAGGAGAUCACCUUCGAGGACCUGGCAGAGGAGCACGACUACAGGGUGUUCAAUUUUUGGACUCUGGUCAGCUACCUGAUCAUGCUCACCGAGAUCUGUCUGAGUUUCGGGUUCCUGGCCUCAGAUAUAUACACUCUGGUACAGAUUUACGCUCUGAAUGACUGGGACAGCUACCACGCCAUCAGCUAUGUGCCUCUGCUGGCGUAUAGGAUAAUUUUCACCGCGUGUAUUGGCAUCUCCAUGACAUGGCUUAUAGCCAACUGGUGGUACGGAAUCCACAUCUAUCGCACCAACAACAUUGUGCGGUCGCAUCUGAACGACGUCGCCCGCCAGAUCAACUCCUUAAAGUCCUACGAACGUUUUUGCAUCUACGAGAGAUCCACCACCAAGUCGUUCUUCGACUGGUUCUCUCUCACCACAUACCGCUCCUACUAUUUUUCCAUCUACCUGUGGCUUCUGGCAGAUACUCCGAGACAGAUUCUGAAUGGCGCCACGGUGGCCUAUUCGAUCUCAAACUCGUUCACGUCGAGCGAGAUUGUCAACGUCGUGGUGGCUAUUGCGCAGACCAACAAACGCGAGGCCGUGCUUCUAUCGUUCAUGACGUUCUCCUUCAUCGUGUGGGUGAUUUUCACGGCGAAGUACAUCUGCGUGAUCAUUGGCUCGUUCUUCGUCGUCAGCAAGGUCCACUCCAGACACAAAACCACGUUUAGAAAGUACUGUCGACGCUUAGUGGCCGACAGCGUGAUCGAGCUGUACGAAAAACACGAGGAAGAGCUACGGAGAAACCACUAUCGGGAGUACAAGGACAGGGCAAAUGACCUGGCUGAAAAGCCCGCAUCUCUCACUAACGAGUUUCUGCCCUUCAGAGACGCGUACGACAACUUGUCCAAGGACUCGCUGCAGAAACCGGGUUUUGCCAAAGAUCCGUUCAAAUCGACCAACAACUCGUCCGAUUCUCUCCCCAGCUUCCCUGAAAAUCCGUUCAACGAGGUGAUUAACGUCUCGCAGACCAAACAAAACCGGGCCCUGGCAGAGAAGCUUGAUAUUCCGUACCCGCAAGAGCUGGCUCUCAAUGAUUCAACUAUGCCCGACUUCGACUCCCACGGACAGGUCAUCUACGUCUCCAAAUCGAGCACCUACUCCUCGCGCAAGCCGAGCGACAACUCGAUAGAGCGCACGUUGCUUGUCGACCGCGCUCCUCCACGCAGCAUCUACGCUUCCGCAUCGCUCGACCAGAACCUGAGAAAAUACACUUAGAUUAGUGAACUUAUCUACCAGCCUCUCACAGACAGCUUUUCCUCCUCUUUGAGCCCGCUCACUUGGAUGCCACGCAUCGGCUCGCCGAGAUCGAAGCUCGCUUUGAGGAUCUGCUCCGGCUCAAGGUACCAGUGCACAGCCUCGACAAUAGCCUUAGCCAGCUUGGCAGGGUUGGAGCUCUUGAAAAUUCCAGAUCCAACAAACACUCCAUCGCAGCCGAGACGCAUGCACAGGGCAGCAUCGGCGGGAGUCGCGAUCCCGCCCGCGGCAAAGUUCACCACGGGCAACUUGCCUGCGUUUUUGACCAGCUCGAGAACAAUGUCCUCACUCACUCUGAACUUGUCCGAAAACCGCUUCAAUUGCUCAAGACCGGGCUUGUCGUUGGGAUUGUCUAGCAGAACAGAGCAAUUGGCCAUCACAUCGUCUAUUUCGCUUCUGAUCUUGCGAAUGUGGUGAAUCGCCUCGCUGACGUCCCCUGUUCCGGCCUCACCUUUGGUCCUGAUCAUGGCUGCUCCCUCUACAAUGCAUCUAAGAGCUUCGCCAAGGUCUUUUGCUCCGCAAACAAAAGGCACCUUGAAGUCGUCUUUGUUUACGUGGUACUUUCUGUCCGCGACAGUGAGCACUUCCGACUCGUCAAUGAAAUCGACACCCAGAGCUUCCAACAUCUCUGCCUCAACUGUGUGUCCGAUUCUGACUUUGGCCAUGACCGGAAUCGACACAUUAUCCAUGAUGGACCGGAUCAUAUGAGGGUCGGACAUACGAGCAACUCCACCUUCUUUCCUGAUAUCGGAAGGCACUCUUUCGAGAGCCAUCACUGCAACCGCGCCUGCUUCCUCGGCAAUUAAGGCUUCCUCGACGGAUGUGACGUCCAUGAUAACGCCCUGUUUCAGCAUUUGUGCCAGACCGGCCUUCUUUAGGAAAUCUGAUGGAGACAUUUAUUGAGAGGAGAGGGCCAGAGAGCCGGUCUUUUAUAAUCGUAUCUUGAACAUGUACUGCAGCGUGCAUAUUUACUUUGAGAGGGGAUUUUGAACGUUUCCGAUAUCGCGAUUUUCCAGAUUCGGGUUUGCGAGAGGGCAGCACAAUAAAUAGCGACAACCCCCGCCCACUUGCGCAAAUGACCCAACCGGCCUC